AUGAGACACCCCAGACAUGUUUCGCCCGUUUCAGCACGCCAGACUGACCCUUCCCGGCUGUCACUGACCUCAGGGGGUAAGAGGCCCUCUAGAAGGGAUUCGAUAUCUCGAGCUGGGAUUGGAAGCAGCACUGUAUCCCUUGUGGGUCUACCCAGAGCCAGCAUAGCCUUCAAGACUGGGAAGGGGGGCUUCAAGGUUCCACGGUACCAGAAUACUUAUCAGCUAGAGUCUCCGAAUCCUUUCAAAGCCGACGCGGUUGACAAGAUUCUUGAGAAUGUGGUGAAGACUACGCUGACGGAUGUUAAAGUGUAUGACUCCAAGGGGUGCAUGAAACUUUGUCAGGAUAUGGCGAUGGAAAUUCGGAAGCAAAUUUUUAAGAAGGACUUUAUGCGCUACAAAUACAUUGUAACCGUGACAAUAAUCCAAAAGAGUGGCCAAGGAAUCCACACAGGACUUGGCUUCAUCUGGGAUGCCGAAAAGGACAGUUAUUCAACAUUCGUUCACGAGACUCUAGAAUACUACGCAAUCGCAAUUGUUGCUGGAGUUUACUACGACUAG